AUUAACAAGAUGUGUGAAGAAAACUUCAAGGGUUUCACUGAAUUGCCUUAACUGCUAGCAAUUACACCAGUUAUCAUUGUCUUUGAAGUCUGUUUGCACAGACAAACAGAGAUGUCCUAUAAAUACGUGCUUGACUAGGCAGAUACCUUAGUAUCCUUGUCUUUGCUGGAGUUUGGCUGUGUUUGUAAUCUGAGGAAAAUGAAGCAUCCCUUCUCUGUAGAAUGGCUUUCACAAAGCAGUACAACAUGCUCUGGGAGAUUUAUGGAAGAUCCUCUCCAUAAAGAAAACAACUUUGAUAGCAACAAGCCUCAUAUCCCAUGCACUGCUCCACCAAGACAACCUACUUCUUAUUUUCGGGAGACUGCACAGCCUAAAGCAAAGGCUCCAAAUUCACAAAAAAUGUUCAUGGAAAUGGAAGAAACCCUGGAAACUGAUAUGUCAUUAAUAUGUGAAGAUGUCACAAAAGUGGACUGCACUGCACCUUUGACGGAUGGUUCCCUGAGUCCUAGCGGGGUUGAUUCCGGCUAUGAAAGUGAAAGAUCUGACUGUCAAUCCCAACCAGAUCCUGCUGAAGAAUGCAGCUCCAAAUUCACCAGAAGACUUCGGACAGCCUUUACAAGCGAACAGAUUUACGCUCUAGAGAAAGCCUUUAAGAAGAACAAUUACUUGGGAACUCCAGAAAAACAAAAACUUGCAGCGAAGCUGAAACUGACCGAAGUCCAGAUCAAAACCUGGUUCCAGAACCGUAGAAUGAAACUGAAGCGACAGCUGCAGGACUUGAGUGCUGAGUCCCAUGGUGCAGCUCCAUUUCCAAGCUUUCUACAAUGCAGACAGCAGUCUGUUGCACCUUUACAGUAUUACUGUUACCCAAGACAAGAACCACUGGCAAGUUUACCCAUCUUGGACCCAAGACAGGAACCGCUGGCAAAUUUACCCAUCUUGGACCCAUUGACACAUGUAAUUCCACCUUUCCAAAUUCCAGUGAUGCCUGCAACAAUGGCAAACCCAUUGCACAGGGUGUACAUUCAGCCAGCUUAUAUGCAUCCAACUGUGUGCCAUGAAGGACCAUUCCCUGGUUAUGUGUAUCCUUGAGAGACAUAGACAUUUGCUUCUAGGUUGGUGAUAAAGUGAACAGUGCCUUAAAAACGAACAGUGUUAUUUAAUUGCACAGUGCAGUAAAAUGCAUUUAUGAAUAUAUUUAUAAUGUACAGAUGAAUAUAAUAUAUUUUUAUGAAGAUUUAUUUUAAAGUAUAUUCGUGUAUCUGUCUCAGCAGUCGUAGCUGGGAAAAGUGCAAUGUGGAAAAGGUAAUGUUUAAAAGUACAAUGUCUCUUGUGGGGCAUAUUGCCUCUCAGGAGAUGUU